GUUUAGCUUGCGUUUACCUCUCGUCUCCGCGGGUCAGUUAGGCUCGCGCUUUCGAGCCGCCAGCACCGGCUGUGUUCUCUCUUUCUCUCCCGUGAUCUUCCUCGAUCGCGAGCCGAUCCUACGUCUCGGCCAGCCGAGCCCUUCCCGCGGGGGAUUCCUAUAUCGAUUAUCUCUCUUUUUCUUUUUUUUUUAAAUUCUUUUUCAUCCUUCUUUCCUCUCGUCUCGCAAUCGCGCAGUAGUUCCCGGGCCGCACGAGGCACAUGCGAACCGACAGUCACCGAAGAAGAUAGUCCUCGACUUGGACCCCAGACUGAGUCUCGCCGUUCUUCGAGAUGUGGACCGCACACUGCCAAAAUUUAGUGUUCAUCGCCCUUGUGUUCUUACCCUCCGUCGCGCGAGGCAUCCCGGAUCUCUCUGGACUGCCGCCGGGGCCGUACUGCGCCUCGAGGUAUCCUGGAGGAAGAUGCUGCCCGGGACGACAGGAUGAAUGCAGCGCGCCGAUCCUCAAGACGCUGUGCUACUGCGACGACUUUUGCGACCGGACCCGCGAGGAGGACUGCUGUCCGGAUUACUGGUACCAUUGCAGGGGGAUGCAGAACGUCACGUCGCCGCGUCCCGAGGAGAUAAGGAGAAUGUCGUGCCUCUUCCAGGGAAGGGAGUACCACCACGGGCAAACGUUGAAAGUUAAUUGUAACGCAUGCAAGUGCUCCUCGCUUGGUAAGCGCGCCGAAGUGCUCUGCGAGGAGAAUCGGUGCUUGAUCGAGCCGGAAUUGAUGGAGGAGGUCAACCAGCAAGAGUUCACUCUGGGCUGGCAAGCGGGCAAUUAUUCCGAAUUCUGGGGGAGGACUCUUCGGGACGGCGUGGAACUUCGCUUGGGUACUCUCAAUCCCUCGCAAUCCGUGUACAAAAUGAACCCGGUGCGACGCAUCUACGAUCCGGACGCGCUGCCACGGGAGUUCGACUCCAGGACGCGCUGGCCGCGCGAUAUAUCCGGCGUCCAUGAUCAAGGAUGGUGCGGCGCGUCCUGGGCCAUGUCCACGGCCGACGUCGCGUCCGACAGAUUCUCGAUUAUGAGCAAAGGCGCCGAGGACGUGGAUCUGAGCGCCCAGCAUCUGCUCUCUUGCAACAACAGGGGACAACAGGGCUGCAGAGGCGGUUAUCUCGACCGCGCCUGGCUCUUCAUGCGAAAAUUCGGACUGGUGGACGAGGAGUGUUAUCCUUGGACCGGUAAGAAUGAUCAAUGCAAACUACGUAAGAGAAGCAACCUGAAGGCCGCCGGUUGUCGAAACCCACCGAGUCCGCUGAGAACAGAAUUGUACAAGGUCGGCCCGGCCUACCGCCUGGGCAACGAGACUGACAUUAUGCAGGAGAUCCUCACCUCUGGACCCGUGCAAGCCACCAUGAGAGUCUACCAGGACUUCUUCAUCUACAAGAGCGGGAUAUACAGGCAUUCUCGAAGCGUGGAAUUGCACGAUUCCGGUUAUCACUCGGUGCGAAUAAUCGGUUGGGGCGAGGAGAAGUCUUAUCGCGGCCCACCACACAAAUAUUGGCUGGUCGUGAACUCCUGGGGCCACAACUGGGGAGAGAACGGGCUCUUUAAGAUCCAAAGGGGAACGAACGAGUGCGAGAUCGAGUCGUAUGUGCUGGCGGUAUGGGCGAAGACAGUAUAAAAAAAAGAAAAGAACGGACGAGAGAAAAGGAAAAUACCAAAGUACUAGAAUACCCGAUUGUCAUAACCACUGUUGGUGCAUUUAUUGAAUCUCCGUCGUCGGUCCGUCGUCGUGCGCAAUGAUGCGAUUGCCUCGGGGACGAUGAACGAUACAUCGAUGUUCGAAAGUAUAUGUGAUCCAGUGCCUCCGUACAUGCCUUAUUACACGUAGGAUCGGGAGGGUGGCAGGGAGAAACGGGAGGGGGACAGAAGAGCCGUUUAUAAAUAUUUAAAUAAUCGAAAGGGAGGUGUCGUCGUUGUUUUAUCAUUAUUCGUAGCCAACAAUAAUCGUUUUACAUAGUAACUGCUCGUCGUCGUGCGUAUCGAUGAUCGAUACGUCGCGCAAAAAUCACGUCUCUCUCACGUAAUAUCAUCCAUGUGUCGUGGCGACUUGGACGUGUACAAAGUACUAAGUGCCAAGCGCUUGAAAUAAAUUUUGUAAGUACGUCA